CAAACCCUUUGUGGAGAAAAUAAUAAAACCUACUGGAAGAUGUUCUAAAUUAAUGAAAAGAUACACAGUGUACUUACAGAGAAAGACUUGAUAUUAUAAAGAUGUCAGUUCUCUCCAAGGCCUUGAUGUUGGGCUAAGGGGGAUGAUAAAGCCUGUGAUAAAGCCUAGAGUGUGAUGAUAAAGCCUAGAGCGUCUCCCGUCUGAGUACCGCAGGAGCAGGUUGAGUGGGACAGUCCCUUAGAGGUCCUUUCCCCCUCCUCAGAGAUCAUUCCUGCAAGCUGGGGAGGAUUUCUUGUUUUGGAAAUCACAUUCCUAAACUCCACAUCCCCUCCUCCCCCUGCUUCUUUCCCUUGCUUCUCCAGGGGAUUUCUUUCCACCUGCCCAACCUUUUGCAGACCUCUUCGCAGAUGGCAGGGUGUGCAGUGAAGUUACCUUAUGGUUACCAAAGGCGAAAGGUGGGGAGAAUAAGUUAGGAAUUUGGGAGCAAUAUAGCCACUCUACUAUAUACAAAGUAGAUAAGCAACAAGGUCCUACUGUAUAGGGAACCAUAUUCAAUAGCCUAUGAGAAACCAUAAUGGAAAAUAAUAUACAAAAAAAGAAUACAUAUGUAAUAACUGAAUCACUUUGCUCGACAACAGUAACGAACAAAACAUUUUAAAUCAACUAUACUUAAGAAAAGAAAGAAAAGCCUUUCAGCUUUCGGCUAGGAGGAGGCGAAGGUGCAACUUUCUUCAGUCGUCCCGAAUCCGGGUUCAUCCGACACCAGCCGCCUCCACCAUGCCGCCUAAGUUCGACCCCAACGAGAUCAAAGUUGUGUACCUGAGGUGCACCCGUGGGGAAGUCGGUGUCACGUCUGCCCUGGCCCCCAAGAUCGGCGCCUUGGGCCUGUCUCCAAAAAAGGUCGGUGAUGACAUAGCCAAGGCAACUGGUGAUUGGAAGGGUCUGAGGAUUACAGUGAAACUGACCAUUCAGAACAGACAAGCCCAGAUUGAGGCGGUACCUUCUGCUUCUGCCCUGAUCAUCAAAGCCCUCAAGGAACCACCAAGGGACAGAAAGAAGCAGAAAAACAUUAAGCACAGUGGAAACAUCACUUUUGAUGAGAUCGUCAACAUUGCCCGGCAGAUGCGGCACUGGUCUCUAGCUAGAGAACUUUCUGGAACCAUUAAAGAGAUCCUGGGGACCGCCCAGUCUGUGGGCUGCAAUGUUGAUGGCCGCCACCCUCAUGACAUCAUAGAUGAUACCAACAGUGGUGCAGUGGAGUGCCCAGCUAGUUAAGAACUGCAAAGGAAAAAGAAAAAUAAAGGAUCAUUUGACAACCAAAAAAAAGAAAAGAAAGAAAA